CGGGACGGACGCUCGGUCGCUACGUAGCGACCGAGCUUUGGCUCGAGCUCGGUCACUACGUAGCGACCGAGCUCGGUCAUAGUUGUAGAUCUAAUGAAACAAUUCUGAUCAUGUCUCAUCUGAUAAAUUAAACAUUUAUUUGAGAUCUGUUAUUGAAAUGUCAAAACUUUGAACAUUGAUAAGUCUCUAUUAAGAGUUGUUUUUCUUUGCUGCAUCUAAUACAUAUGGUUUGGUCUUGAAAUUGCAGAAAGCGUGAAUGAGAGAUUGUGAUGGAGUCAAAAUAUGGUAAAAAUAAGUCCGGCAGUAGACGUCCCUCUACUCCUCGAGCCACACAAUAACCAUCUCACUCUCUUAGGUAUCACCAACGGUCAUGUAGAUUCUGAUCUAAAGGUCACGGCUUUAUCUGCUGCGAAUAGAUCCUACGCGCCGUACAGUCGGUGUCCGACGGGAGUGGCGCUGGUGGACUGCGAAGGGAGAGUGUACAGAGGAUGGUACAUGGAGUCGGCUGCUUAUAAUCCUAGCUUGGGGCCUGUGCAAGCAGCGUUGGUUGAUUUCGUGGCGAAUGGUGGAGGCGGAGGGUUUAAGAGGAUCGUUGGAGCAGUGUUGGUGGAGAAGAAAGAUGUGGUGGUGCGUCAAGAGCAUACGGCGAGGAUGCUUUUGCAGGUUAUUGCUCCGAAAUGUGAUUUCGAGGUCUUUCAUUGUUGUGGAUAGUGAGAUUGUUGUGAGAAGCUGGUAAAAACCAAAGCUUUGUUAGUGAAGUCAUGAACUUUCAAUUUGUAAUAGUAGUAAUUUGAUGCAAUGUUUCUAUGAUGAUGAUGAUGAAAAACCAAUUAUUUGUUCGUAAAGUCAUAAACUUUCAGCUCUUAAUAUUUGUAAUUUGAUGCGAUGUUUCUAUAAUGAUGAAAAAAGCUAAAGCUUUGUUCA